CGUGCCCUCUGACCCACCCCCGCGCCGUGUUCCAUCCCAGGCUGUCACAUACUCCUGAAAGUAGUGGUUCUGCUUUGAACUUAAUUCUGAGGCUUCUGGGAAGAUGGUGGAGCCAGAAACACCAGGAAUCUGUCUACCCAGCUAGGCAAAAAUUGCACCAGCAGAAUCAUCUGAUGUAACUGUUUUGGAGCUCUGGAGUCUGUUGAACACAGACACUCAGAUUUGGGAGAAGUGGUCCCAGAAAUAAAAGCAUCUGAGAGACGAACAGCUGUGGCCAUUGCAGAUUUGGAAUGGAGAGAAAUGGAAGGAGAUGAUGAUGGUCCGAAUGAGGCUCAGGACAGUGACUUUCCAACAGUGGAGAGGAGCAGACUACAAGAAAUGCUGUCCCUCUUGGGACUAGAGACAUACCAGGCACAGAAACUCAGCCUCCAGGACUCCUUGCAGAUCAGUAGUGACAGCAUGAAGAACUGGGCUCCACAGGCUCCCAAAGACUUGCCCUGGAAUUUCCUCAGGAAGCUGCAGGCCCUCAACGCCGAAGCCAGGAACACCACCAUGGUGCUGGACGUACCCCCGGACACCAGGCCUGUGGAGAAGGAGAGCCAGGUGGAAGAGGAGAUCAUCUACUGGGACACGGCCGAUGACAUCUCUGCGGACAUCUAUUCCUUCUCUGAGCUGCCAACACCCGAUACGCCUGUGAACCCCUUGGACCUUCUCUGUGCCCUUCUGCUUUCCUCGGAUAGUUUCCUGCAACAAGAAAUCGUGCUCAAAAUGUCCCUCUGCCAGUUUGCACUCCCUCUCGUUCUGCCCGACCCAGAAAACCACUACCACACGUUUCUGCUGUGGGCCAUGAGGGGGACUGUGCGGACAUGGGGGUCACAGCCCCCAAGGGCGGUGGGCAGCUUCAGAGAAGACAGCGUGGUCCUGUCGCGAACGCCCGCCUUCGCCUUCGUGCGCAUGGAGGUCAGCAGCAACUCCAAGUCCCAGCUUCUCAACGCCGUGCUCAGCCCUGGCCACAGGCAGCGGGACUGUUUCUGGCAUCGGGAUCUGAACUUGGGCACCAACCCUCGGGAGAUUGCGGAUGGGCUGGUGGAGAUUUCCUGGUUUCUUCCCAGUGGCAGGGAGGACUUGGACAUUUUCCCAGAGCCCGUGGCCUUUCUCAACCUGAGAGGUGACAUCGGCUCUCACUGGCUGCAGUUUAAGCUCUUGGCGGAAAUCUCCUCGGCCGUGUUCAUCUUGACCGACAACAUCAGCAAGAAAGAAUACAAGCUGCUGUGCUCCAUGAAGGGGUCGGCCACGCAAUACUACUUCAUCCUGAGCCCUUACCGCGGGAAGCGAAACACAAACCUGCGGCUUCUCAACAGGUUAAUCCCCGUGCUGAAGAUGGACCCCUCGCACGUCCUGGUGAAGGUCAGCAGCACGGACAGCGCGGGCUUCGUGCGCCGGGUCCGCGCCAUCGUGGCGCACGUGACCCGGGCCCCCUGCAGGAGGGUAUCCGUGGAGGACAUGGCGCACGCGGCCCGUAAGCUGGGGCUAAAGGUCGACGAGGACUGCGACGAGUGCCAGCGGGCGAAGGACCGGAUGGAGCAGAUCACCAGGAAGAUCCAGGACUCGGACGCCUACCGCCGGGCCGAGCUGUGGCUCCAGGGGGACCCGUGGAGAAAGGCGGCCCAGGUGGAGAGGGAGCUCUGCCAGGCCCAGUGGGCUGGGGACCCCCCUGAGAGGUGCAGGGCUGAGCUGAGGCAUCGGCUGCUGGAACUUCGAACGCAGCAGAACGGCCACGACCCUGCCUGGGGGCUUCAGGAGUUCAUCUCGGGCAUCAGCAGCCCCUCUCUGGGCGAGAAGCAGUACUUCCUGAGGUGGAUGGAGUGGGGACUGGCCCGGGCGGCCCAGCCAAGGCCAAGACCGUCUCCGGAGACGAUGCGUACCCUGAGAGCAAAGCACCGUGGGGCCGUGGACGUCAGCGAGCCCCUCUGGCCGGAGCCCCUUGGGGUGGAGCACUUCCUGCGGGAGAUGGGGCAGUUCUACGAGGCCGAAAGCUGUCUCGUGGAGGCCGGGAAGCUGCCGGCAGGGCAGAGGCGGUUCGCGCACUUCCCAGGCUUGGCCUUGGAACUGCUGCUGAAGGGGCUCCCCCUGGAGCUGAUCGACGGGAACACCCUGAGCGCCCCCCUGCGCUGGGUCACGGGGCUCCUGAAGGAGCUGCACGUCCGCCUGGACAGGAGGUCGCGCCUGGUCGUCCUGUCAGUGCUCGGCGUGCCGGGCACAGGCAAGUCCACCCUCCUCAACACCAUGUUUGGGCUGCGGUUUGCCACGGGAAGGGGCCGUGCUCCUCGAGGGGCCUUCAUGCAGCUCCUGACAGUGGCCGAGAGCUUCAGCCAGGACCUGGGCUGUGACCACAUCCUGGUCAUACACUCUGGGGGCUUGAUAGGCGGAGCCCUGACCGAGGCAGGGGAGAGCUUGGAGCAGGAGGCUUCCCUGGCCACUCUGAUCAUGGGGCUGAGCGACGUCACCGUGGUCAGUUUAGCCGAAACGAGGGACAUCCCGCCGGCUAUCCUGCAUGCGUUCCUGAGGCUGGAGAAAACAGGGCACAUGCCCAACUAUCAGUUUGUGUACCAGAGCCUUCAGGAUGCGUCUGCCCCCGGCUCCAAGCCAAGAGACAGGAAGCAGUUCCCGGACGAGCCCAGGGAUGUGAGCAGAGCCACGGUGCACAUGGAGGAUCAGGGCGGCGGGAUCCGGACGCUGGCGGGCCUGGCCUUUUGUGACCCUGAGAAGCAGCACGUUUGGCACAUCCCUGGCCUGUGGCAUGGAGUGCCCCCCAUGGCCGCUGUGAGCUUGGGCUACAGUGAGGCCAUUUUUGAGUUGAAGAGGUGCCUGCUGGAAAACAUCCGGAAUGGCCUGUCCAACCAAAACAAAAACAUUCAGCAGCUCAUCGAGCUGGUACGACGGCUGUGAAGCAUCGAAAGAAAAGGAGUCCAGCUGCCAGAGGCCCGCCGCGAGCAGCCUGUUCUGAUGGGGGUGUCCACGUGGGGCUGUGCCCAGCUUCUGAGAGGGGAGCAAAGUGACGGACGGGGCCCAGGUCUGGAGUUGCCUACGCAGUGUCAGGGAAGGAUGUAACCUCACAGAUCAGCUCAGAGAUGCUCUUGGGAGUAUAAGAACCCUGGGGCAGGAGGUGUAGACACAAGCGGUAACUUGUCCUUUGUCUGUGAACUUCGAGUCCCCUGGUGGCUUGGCCUUUCAUACAGCUGCGCCCCAUUCUCUGCCUCUGGAGUGGAGAGUGGCUCCUGAGCACUGCAGCCCGGGCAGCUGGUACCGGGGACAGGGUUGGGGCAUUGCCCUGAGGAGGCAGAGGUAGGCCUUCCCUCCAGCGAACCUCAGCAUCGGCCUCGGUGACCUGGUCCUGCCCACUGAGGAAAGGGCCCACCGUGGGCAAGGGCUACCGUGAUAUUCUGUGUGUUGACCGACCCUGCCUCAGGAGGGGUUCCUGUGGGCUUUUGCACGCCCACAGCGCUCCGUUCACACCUCUGCCGCAACACUGAGCACGCGCAGCGUGACUUACCUGUGCACGUGUCUGCCUCUCCCCUAGACUUGUGAGCUCCUUGAGAGCAGGGGCUGUACACUACCCAACUUUGUACCCCCAGGGCCUGGCGCACUGCAGGCACUUAAUAAAUGUGUGUUGAAUGAAUGAAA